AUGUUCCGAUUAACAAGAUUAGCAGCAAGACGCACAUUAACAAAGCCUUUGAUUAAACCACCUUUUGUUUAUAAACCAUUUGCUUGUAAUAAAUCACCAUUCGAUCACUUCAUAGCGAAUUACACUACAGACAAUCACGAAGACAUUGAAAAAGUAGAUCCCAAGGAUUAUCCAGAGUUAUACCCUGACGAAGAAGAUCAACAAGUUGACACAGAAUGGUUUGUUGAUUCAGAUUAUAAAGUAUCUGAAGAAGACUUUAUACCACUCUGGCAGCGUCGUGCCGUGGGUGAACAUUUGGAAGAUCGUCUAGCUUUACGUCAAGUAUCACAGGAAUUGAUGGAGACUGGACAGUUGACUGCGGACAGUCUGAGGGACUUGUUGAUAGAGAGUAAACUAGAAUCAGUAGAGGUAUUGGAUGUUCGAGAGAAAUGUGAUUGGGCAGACUAUAUGAUUGUUGCCUCCAGUUCAAAAGGUGACAAAUACCUCAGCAGUGUGGCUGAACAUGUCUAUACGGUGGUCAAAAAGGCCUUAAAGCAAAGUCCUCAUGUGGAAGGAAGAAGUGACAAUUCAGGCUGGCUAUUGAUUGAUUUAGGACGAAUCAUUGUUCAUCUGUUUACACCUGAAAUGAGAGAAAGCGCCAGUAGCAGUGAUAGUGAUGGUAGCAGUAACCCUACUGAGUGGACUAUCCUAGAAAAGCUGCUGCUUUCUCAAGCUGUUUAUAAAUACGGUGAAAAUAGCUGGUUAGAAGUAGCAAGUGUACUCAAACAGAAUGCCUUGGUUCAGCACCGACACUCUGACUUUUUUAAUCACAAGAAUUGCUAUUUUCAGUAUUAUCUCUUGACUGAAAGCCUUCAGACAGAAAAGGAUAAUCCAACACCGACUGUUGUUAGACUGGCAAGACAACUUUACAUGCAGAGAAUUCAAGAAAUUAAAAAUGCACUAGUCCAUCAUGAACAGGAAUUAGGGGAAUUAGUAUCGGAGAUUGAUUUAAUACGGAAAGGAGAGCUUGAUGACAGACUCAAGGUUGAAUACAAUAUGGUAUCAACUAAUAUGUCACAGUUAGAUCCAGAGUUAGAUUCAAAGCAUGUCAAGAUAUAUACACCUGAACUAGAAGUAAAAGAAAAGAUCAUAGCUAAUGAUAAAGAGGAUAUACCCGCAUCUCUAGAAAUUACAACAAAAUUAGAAAAUCAAAGACAGAAAUCAUGGCAAAAGAGUGUACAGUUAUUAUGGCAAGAGAUAGCCAAUCAUAAAAGUGGACCUUUAUUUUUAAAUCCAGUUAAAAAGAAUAGAGCACCAUUUUACAACAGGAUAGUAAAGAGGCCGUUAGAUUUAAAGACGAUAAAGCAUAAAGUGAGAGAAGGAAUUAUAAAGACAACGGUCGAAUUUGAAAGGGACAUUGUUCUGAUGUUGACAAAUGCAUUAAUGUACAACAAAGAAGGAACAGAAACUUAUCUAUUGGCUUUGGAAAUGUUGGAAGACGUCAAGGAUCAAAUUGAACUAUUUAAAUUUGCAAAUUCAUUUUUCAAGCGAAAAAUGUAA